GCUCUCCCUCGCUCUCCCUCCCUCCCUCUCUCGCACGCGACGCGUGACGUCUCCCCGCCACGGCGCCUGACGUCACCCGCCGCCGCCGCUGCCCGCCGAGAGCGAAAGGGGCGGCGGAGCAAAGAUGGCCUCGCUGAGCAACGGGCUGGGCACGGACAACGGCGGUGUCAACAACGGCGGCGGCCGGCAUCAGCAGCAGCGGCGGCAGCAGCAGCAGCAGCAUCGGCAGCGGACACGGCUCCGUCAACGGCCUGAGCCACGGGCACAACACGAUCCCCAUGAAAGACCAGGACGCCAUCAAACUCUUCAUCGGCCAAAUCCCGCGCAACCUAGAGGAGAAAGACCUGAAGCCGCUCUUCGAGGAGUUCGGCAAGAUCUACGAGAUCACCGUUCUCAAGGACCGCUUCACGGGCAUGCACAAAGGCUGCGCCUUCCUCACGUACUGCGCACGGGACUCGGCUCUCAAGGCUCAGAGCGCCCUGCACGAACAAGAGACGCUGCCGGGGAUGAACAGACCCAUCCAAGUGAAGCCAGCAGACAGCGAGAGCCGAGGAGACCGCAAGCUGUUCGUGGGCAUGCUGAGUAAGCAGCAGGCCGAGGAGGAGGUGAGGAGGAUGUUUGAGGCGUUCGGCUCCAUCGAGGAGUGCACCAUCCUGCGCGGGCCAGACGGUAACAGCAAAGGCUGCGCAUUCGUGAAGUUCUCCAACCACGCCGAGGCUCAGGCGGCCAUCAACGCGCUCCAUGGGAGCCAGACCAUGCCGGGUGCGUCCUCCAGUCUCGUGGUGAAGUUUGCAGACACGGACAAGGAGCGAACUCUGCGUCGCAUGCAGCAGAUGGCCGGCCAGCUCGGCAUCUUCAACCCCAUGGCCCUGCAGUUCGGCGCCUACGGGACGUACGCUCAGGCGCUGAUGCAGCAGCAGGCCGCACUCAUGGCCGUGGCCCAGGGCGGCUACAUCGCCCCCGUGUCCGCCUUCUCCGCCGCCCAGAUGCAGCAGAUGGCGGCGAUGAACAUGACAAGUUUGGGCGCUCCGCCGAUGACUCCCACGUCAGGGGGCAGCACCCCCCCCGGGAUCGGCUCGUCGGGCUUGCCGGCACUUGCGCCGCCCCCCAUGAGCCUCAACGGCUUCACGGCGCUGCCCCCCCAGCAUAACGGCCAGCCCGAGGCCCUGUACAGCAACGGCUUGCACCCCUACCCAGCUCAAAGCCCCACUGCUGCAGACCCCAUGCAGCAGGCGUACGCCGGCAUACAGCAGUACACAGCGACGUACCCAGCUGUCUAUGGACAAAUCAACCAGAGCUUCCCACACCCGGGCACAGUGCUGCCUCAACAACAGAGAGAAGGCCCCGAGGGCUGCAACCUCUUCAUCUACCACCUGCCAGAGUUUGGGGACGGGGAGCUCACGCAGAUGUUCCUCCCGUUCGGCAGCGUCAUCUCCUCCAAAGUGUUCGUGGACAGAGCCACCAACCAGAGCAAGUGCUUCGGGUUCGUGAGUUUUGAUAACCCGGGCUCUGCCCAGGCUGCGAUCCAGGCCAUGAACGGCUUUCAGAUCGGAAUGAAGCGGCUCAAGGUGCAGCUCAAGCGACCCAAGGACGCCAACCGCCCCUACUGAGACUCACACUCACCAGGGAGACGUUAUGGAACAGCAGCUUCUGACCCCGCACGGGGUAACCCCCUCCCCCCGUCCCCCGCUGGGGUGACCCCUCCCCUCCCCCG